CCCAUAUUCACAAAAAACAGUUAAUUUAACAAGCUGAUCUACCUGAUGAUUUUCAUUUCAAUCAUUAAAAUAAUAUAGGUGUACUAUAAAACUUCAAAUAUUAUAAAUAUGAAACAUUUAUGUAUUUUAAUAUCAUUUGCCUUUGUAAAUAUUUCGGUUGCUGUAUGCGGUGAAUAUAUAAAGCAGAUGAUCAUGACAAACAAACACAUUGAGCAAGCAGGAGCUAAAUUGCCGGAAAUAAUUGAACGUAUUGUUCUUUAUGUGUCAAAAUAUAAGAUAGAGGACUUAUCGCUCAUGUUGGCUGUACCAGAAAGUGAAUACGUGCACCCAACGCGAAUGUUACAAUGCCAAGGUCAAAUGCGAUCAGAAGUAAGGCGCACAAUAGGUCACUAUAGACCUUUGAUAAACGAAAGCGAUUUUGAAGAGGUCCAAAGAAAUGGUCUUAUUAGUUUAGGAAUGGCAAGAAGAAAUAUAACUAGAGAAGCUGUAAAAACUUUAAUUCUUGCUCGUAUAGAUAAAAACCGAAAUCGAGCUGUACCAAUGGAAUAUUUCAAAGAUUCUCCCGUGAUGUGUCGUUUUAUAGGAUUGUUCAGAAGUAUUAAAUACCCCAAUGCAUACAUAAUAGAAGCGAAGAUUGACGAGACUGAAACUUGUACUCUUAAAGAUUUGAACGGGAUCGUUAUCAGAUAUAAAACCUCCAUUCUAGGCAAUAUUUGGAGUUUAAACUCUAAUAAUCAACUAGCUAAACCAUUUGCUGCAGAGUUAAAUAAUUUGGAACUGGAAUCAUAAGGAUUACAUUUUUUACAGCACUAUUGGUAUCAAAUUUAAAUAAUUUUUUCAUACUGCAGUAAUAUUCAAGUUGUCAAUAAA